AUGAUGACGAUGGCGUUUGCUGUGGAGGAAAUAAACAACAAGUCCAGCCUCCUACCUGGUGUGAAGCUCGGCUAUCGCAUCUUGGACAGCUGUGACAACGUCCACAGCAGCCUGCGGGCUCUAUUCUCUUUGGUCACUUUCUCAGAGUCUGCGCAAACACUGUUAAUGACACAGGAUGAUGAAACUCCCAGCUGUCUGUCUGGCUCUCCCAUCCCUGCUGUUAUAGGUCUUGCGUCGUCUUCCCCGACAAGGGCUGUAGCUCAAGUUCUUGGCUCUUUCAACAUCCCACUGGUGAGUUAUUUUGCCACUUGCACCUGCCUGAAUGACAAGCAUGUGUAUCCGACGUUUUUGCGGACUGUGCCGAGCGACCUGUUUCAGGUCGGAGGUCUCGUACAGCUGGUCACAUUCUUAGGAUGGCAGUGGGUGGGCACCAUGGGGACGACAGAUGACUACAGUCAGUACGGCAUCCAGGAGUUCUCCAGUCGCUUCAGACGCAGCGGCGGCUGCGUGGCUUUUCACCUGACCAUUCCGAAAUCACCGACACCGGCAGAGAUUCGGAACAUGGCGGACAUGCUGCAGAUUUCCACCGCAAACGUGGUGGUGGCUUUUGCGGCUGAGGGACAACUCUUGGAUUUGUUCCUAGAAGGAACGAUCGGCUUCUCUUUCCCCGGAGUCAAUAUCCCUGGGUUGAAAGAGUUCCUCCUCAAUGUCCGUCCGUCUCCCGAACCGGGAAUGGAGUUCAUCAACAUGUUCUGGGAGGAGCAGUUUGGAUGUCAGCUCCAGUUCGACCUAAAUAAAAGGGAAUCCAAUGAACGUGUAAAUGCUGAUCCAAAGCCUGUAUGUACAGGCUCGGAAGACCUGAGUCUCACGUCAAGCAGCUACACUGACGUGUCUCGGGUCAGAAUAUCCUACAAUGUGUAUAAAGCUGUGUUUGCCAUCGCCCACGCUCUCCACAACUUACUUAACUGUGGCUCUGCAGGAAUAAAUGCGGGUAUGUGUGACAAAAACACAGAAUUCACUGCAAAACAGCUCCUGGACCAUCUGAAGAAAGGAAAUUUCACAAAUCAGUUUCAGGAGAGAGUUUACUUUGACAGUAACGGAGAGCCGGUCCCUUUAUAUGACGUCAUCAACUGGCAGAAGGACAGCGAGGGGAAAAUCAGAUUUGUUAAAGUCGGAGGCUAUGAUGGUUCGGCUCCACUGGGGCAACAGCUGAAGAUAAAUGGCAGCACUAUCGUAUGGACAGGAGGCCAGUCGCAGGUGCCUGUUUCUCAGUGCAGCGCUCCAUGUCUCCCUGGCAGCCGACAGGCCAGACGUCCAGGAAAACCUGAAUGUUGCUUUGACUGCCUGCCUUGUGCAGAUGGAGAGAUCAGCAACCAGACAGGCUCCACCGAGUGCAUUAAAUGCCCGGACUCCUCCUGGUCCGACAAGGACAAGGUGAAAUGCGUCGCAGGGGUUGAGGAGUUCCUGUCCUUCAGCGAGACCCUGGGCAUCGUCCUGGUUCUGCUGACCUUGCUCGGCGUGUUCCUCACAGCCGUCAUUACUGUGAUCUUCCAUCGUUUUCGCGCUACGCCCAUCGUCAAGGCCAACAACUCCGAAAUAAGUUUCUUGCUUCUUCUGUCGCUGAAGCUUUGCUUCCUCUGUUCCCUGGUGUUCAUUGGCCAACCUUCGGUGUGGACCUGCAUGCUGCGCCAGGCGGCGUUUGGGAUUAGCUUUGUCAUCUGUCUGUCCUGCCUCCUGGUGAAGACCGUUGUGGUUCUUUUGGCUUUUCGGGCCAAUAUACCGAGCUCCGGGGGCCUGAAACUGUUUGGUCCAACCCAACAGAGGACUAUGAUCUUCUGCACGACGACUCCUCAGAUUUGUCUGUGUGUUGGCUGGCUCUUGGGUGCACCUCCAUUCCCUGUCAGGAGCCCCGCGUAUCAAGCUUCAUAUGGAAAAAUUGUUUUGGAGUGUAAGGAGCCAUGGCCACUCGGGUUUUACCUGCUGCUAAGCUACAUCGGCCUGCUCGCGUUUGUGUGCCUCCUGCUGGCGUUCCUGGGACGGAAGCUGCCAGACACCUUCAAUGAGGCCAAGCUCAUCACCUUCAGCAUGCUGAUUUUCUGGGCGGUGUGGAUCUGUUUCAUCCCCGCUUACGUCAGUUCACCGGGAAAGUUCUCGGUAGCCGUGGAGAUAUUUGCAAUAUUGGCUUCCAGUUUUGGUCUUUUGUUGUGCAUAUUUGUACCCAAAUGUUACAUAAUCCUUCUUCACCCUGAAAGGAACAUUAGAAAAGGUAUGACUGGGAAGUAUAGAUAAAAGUCUUUCUUUUUUAAAUGAAGUAAACACAAUUUUUUUUUCUUUG